UACCGGUGCCUGCUGGUGAAGUACUCCAAGGACAUGCGGUACAGCACCUCCGGUGUCUCCACGCACGACAAGAGCACCAUGGAGGCCCUGCCCGCCAGCCUCCUCAGGGACGUGUACCAGGAGGCGCUGAGCUCUUCCGUCAUCGGCAUCGAUGAGGGACAGUUCUUCCCAGACAUUGUGGAGUUCUGCGAGAAGAUGGCCAAUGCUGGGAAAACCGUCAUUGUUGCUGCUCUUGAUGGGACAUUCCAGAGAAAGGCUUUCGGGAGCAUCCUGAACCUGGUCCCGCUGGCUGAGAGUGUGGUGAAGCUGAACGCUGUCUGCAUGGAGUGCUACCGAGAGGCCUCCUACACAAAGAGGCUGGGAACGGAGAGGGAGGUUGAAGUGAUUGGAGGAGCAGACAAGUACCACUCUGUCUGCCGAGCCUGCUACUUCCGCAGGGUGCCUCAGCAGCCUGGGUCAGAAAACAAGGAGAACGUGCCCAUGGGGCUGAAGCAGCUGGAUGUGGCUGCCUCCCGCAAGAUCUUUGCUUCUUGACUGCUGGGCUCCCACAUGGGG